UGAGACGCGUGGCUCUGGAGUGUUUACCAUCAGAGUCAGAACUGAAGCUGCACGUACUAGCGCGAGCCAUCGCCGAAGGAGGAAGUUCGUAGUCGAAAAUACUGAUUUAUUUGUCCGUUUUCACUACUGAGUCAAUAAAAGCACUCGCAGCAGCCGUAUAAGCUCUUUGUGUCCCCACUCUGAAUCACUGGAUCAGCGCAUGCGAAAACUUCACGAUGAAAACCGAAGUCUCUACUGCUGCUAACUUUGUCACACGUCUGUUGAGAGGAACAGGGCUGCUUUCAGAGGAACAGCUGCAACAAUUCAGAUUCUCUUUGGAAGAAUCUUUGGGGGAUCAUUAUCAGCACCAUUGGUUCCCAAAUGCACCCUACCGAGGUUCGGGUUACAGGUGCAUCCGGAUCAACCACAAGAUGGACCCAUUGAUAGGCAAAGCAGCCUGUACGAUCGGACUCACAAAAGAGCAACUCUUUUCACUGCUUCCAAGUGAACUCACCAUGUGGGUCGAUCCUUAUGAAGUGUCCUACCGGAUUGGAGAGGACGGGUCCAUAUGCGUCCUCUACGAGUCCGUGCCUCCGUCAGACACAAACCAGGCGGACAGCUGCAAAGAUGAACUGAGAAUCGGACGGUCGAGUCCGUCCAAAUCCUUCGGCAUGAUGACCUGCUCCAGCUGAAGAUUGAUUUUGUGUAAUUAGAUGCUCAUGAGCGCAGUAAAUCAGGCAUUGCUCAUGUUCGAUUUCUUUUUAAACCUUGUUUUUUUAAGACAGAUUUUUUUUAAUCAACGGUGAAAUCGUCAUCUUCUUGACCUCAUAGUGAAAACAGAUGUAUUUUGAUUAAAUGUGUUUUAAGCUCCCUGUACAGUCAUGUUGAAUAUGUUUUUUUAA